AAUCCUCAACAUAUUCAACAACUUGCAUUCCGCACCAAGUACAGCACAGAAGUCAGUAUCCCAGUUGGGCUGCAGUGUCUGCUGGUUUUCGGGGUAUUUCAGUGCCCGUGAUUCAUUUAAGUAAUUGAUUGGCUAAAGAAUGUACUUGCCUUGUCCUCAAGGCAUUAAUUAGCUUCGAACACUGAGGCCCUCCAGGACUGGCCACUGACACCUGUGCUGUACUUGGUGCGUGUGAUACACCUGGAAUACAGAAACCAGUUUUGGUUUGCUGCAUCAGAAUUGAUUGUUUCAAUUAAAUAAUGUCUGCAGACUCAGAAGGACAUAUCCCACUAGCCACCAAUGUAACAAGUGGGUAUUUUUCAAGAAGGUGAGCUUUCGGCAGGUGUAGGAUCCCUGCUCCACAUGGCUGCAUGAUCACUGCAUCUCCGAUAGACUGAGCCCAGUGGCAGAAUUAAAGUGUUUCCUGAUAAAGCUUAUCCUAUGGAUGGAAGGUCACCUGGUUGAUUUGAUUUCUACAGUAUUUUCCCAGCUAACUCAUUGUUUUGUGUCAGACUACGCCACGUUGCUACAUGUGAUUUUUACAUUAUUUCCUGUAUUAAAACAUCAACAUUGAAAAUGUGAGGUUUACUGAAAGGUAUACACAUUUUUUUAAAUGCACAUGGUGGUUAACUGUCGAAUCCUUUCCUAUACCUAUAUACGUAAUUGUGUACUGAUCUGUGCAUAUACCAUACUCGCUCAAGUUUUUUCCGGUUUUAUUUUCUGAUAUUGAGGCAAGUGAACCAAUCAGUAUUUUACAUAGUGAGGUAAAGGCACCAGGGAAGCUUGCUACGUUAUCUCCACAUCACGAAGACCUCUGUGACGUCAAUGUGCAACGCUAACUUAAAGAUGCUGGUUGCACGAUAUUCGCGGGCCUUUCCCACAAUGGACGCGAGGGAAGAAAGCAAUUCGGUAACUCCUGAUGAUAAUAAUGGGGUGACCGAGGAUGAUACACAAUGGAAGGCGCUCAUUUGCAGAACGCUGGACAGAAAACAUGUCAAUAGGCUUAUAGAUCAUAGCGAUGCCAGCUUUUCAAAAGAGUUUUCCAGCCAGCUGCAUGCUGAGUCAGGUUGGGAAGAAGCGGUCCAGGGCUGGAGUAGGUGUGCCCCGAUGUUUUGCUUAUUUCAGUUGCAGAAGAAAUGUAAGAAGGCGAGGACUGGAGACAAUGACUACCACUGUCUCCUCUGCAUUGAUGUGAAGCUUUCACAGAAUGCUGAGCCUGAUUUUGCAGCAAGUUCUGAGUCUUCGGAAGCAAAUUGCUGCUUAGCAGAGGCACGUGAAAACAAAGGCAUUGCAGUCCCCACUAAGUACCAGAGGAGACCAUCCACUUCCCCAUCUGCAAUCUGCUGUCCAAACACAGAGCUACAUGGGCACAAAGCCAGAGAGAAAGCAACGAGUCAGGCGGAAUUUGGUGAUAAAAUGACCAAUGCAUUUGAAGAAACGAUGUCCAGGCUAGCUACAAACGUGCCUGAGCAGCGUCCACUGGACAAAGGAAAAGAAGUUAUGGAAAACCUCAUCGUAUUUCCCCCUGCACAUUUUCCGUGGCGCACUGUGGGAUUAACAGUGAGAAGUAUGGGAACCUGCAGCCUAACCACAACAGACAGCUUGACGGCUGAGAAUGGAUCAUAUGGCAUUCCAGCCACAGUGGAGAUGUGUGAUGAGGGAGAGGAAGCCAUACCAGCCUCUCGCAUGGACAUGAAGAUCUCAGAGGACAACUACGGACGUCUUACCCCAAAGUACCGCUCUUGCCAUUCCAGCAAAAAUUUGCUUUCUGCUUUCAGUAUCGGCAUCCCUAGGAGAUAUGUCACUUCCUCUGACGCACUGCCACAUGCAGCAAGCUUGUUGGGCAGAAAAGCAAAGUAUGACAAUCAGCACAGAAUAUCCACGAAGAGCCGUCAGGGCCAGAGAACAACACAGACAGAACCCUGUCUACCUGUCCUUUUAGGGACCAGGGUUCCAAUAUUGUCAGCAUCUCAUCGGAUUCUGUAUCCUACUGUUUAAGGGCCUGGUAGACUUCAGAUCAUUGUCAGGAGUUCUGCCUGUGCUCUUCAUUCCUGUGAUUCCAUGUCUCUGUGUCAACCAUGAACUGAAGCUGUGAUUAACACAUUUACAGUUUGAAUUUUGUAGAUAGAUCAUGGUAUGCAUUUUAGUUUUUCCAGAUUGUCUGAAUAAUUGUUGGAAAAUGCAGUCAGUUUGAAAGUUUUUUCUCAGGAUUUUGUUAAUAAAAUAAAAUUUGCUGAGAUUGACACUACUUACGCAGGCCUUUUCAUUAAAAGUAUUACCCGACUGUCCUGAAA